AUGAACAACAAGAGAAUGGAGCUGAACACAAUAGAGAGGAAGAGCCAAGAAAGUGGGAGAGACAACAAGGCCUUUGACUCAGAGGAGCAGGAUCAGAUAUACCUUGAUAUGGACAGUGCUUUCGAAGUUGCAGACAAUGCACAGAGAGAGACGGAUCAACAGAACAAAAGCUUGCUGGAGAAGAAAAUGGAGGCAGUCAAGGGCUAUUUGGCUGAGCACAGAGACCAGAUCCGCCUGUUUAUACACCUGGUUUUAGCAGCAGGCUUCGCUGCCAUAGUGAUAGCGGCAUGUGUUCUGAACUUCCACCGAGCUGUCGGGCUGCUGGUCAUCUCCUUGGUAACUGUAUUCUUUCUGUUCUGGGAUUGGAUGAUGGAACGCUAUGGCAACUGGGUGUGGGAGGAGCUCCAUCCUAUCAGAGACCUUCGCAGCAGAAACUGGUUCUGGAUCAGAUGGAUAAAAUAUGUGUUAGUGCUGGUGGCUGUGGUGUGCUGGCUUGCACUGGACACAGCCCAGCUGGGGACGAGACAGCUUGUGUCUUUCUCUGGUUUGCUGUUCCUCAUCUUCUUAAUGAUGCUCUUCUCCAAACACCCAUUCAGGUGGUCUUGGCAAACUUUGCUUUGUGGGAUUGGGCUGCAGUUUGUCUUUGGCCUGCUGAUUCUCAGGACCACAUUUGGCUUUGCUGCCCUGGUAUGGCUUGGAAAACAAGCAGAAAUCUUUAUGUCAUUCACAGAUGCUGGGUCGAAGUUUGUGUUUGGUGCCAGUUACACAGACCACUUCUUUGCCUUUAAGGUGAUGCCUAUACUGGUUUUUUUAAGCUCUGUCAUCUCCAUCCUCUACUAUAUUGGCUUCAUGCAGUGGCUCAUUUGCAAGAUUGGACUGGUAAUGCAGGUUACCAUGGGAACGUCUCCAACAGAAUCCAUGGUUGCAGCUGCAAAUAUAUUCCUGGGACACAUAGACUCGCCCCUCCUGAUUCGUCCAUAUAUCAGUGGGCUAACUAUCUCUGAGAUCCAUGCUGUGAUGACAGGAGGUUUUGCCAGCAUCUCUGGCUCCCUUUUAGGAGCCUUUAUCUCUUUGGGGGUUGAGGCAUCACACUUGUUGACAGCAUCAUUGUUGUCCGCUCCAGCCUCCCUGGCCAUUGCCAAGACUUUCUGGCCUGAAACCGAGACCCCAAAGGUCACAAGCAGUGACCGUGACCUCAAAAUGGGCAAAGGAGAGAGUACAAAUGUGUUGGAGGUGGCAUCCCAAGGUGCAUCUAGUGCUGUGGGUUUAGUGGCCAACAUUGUUGUCAACCUCAUUUCAUUCCUGGCAUUGUUAUCCUUUUUCGACGCUGUCCUUUCCUGGCUCGGCGGGAUGUUUGACUGUCCGCAGCUCAGCUUUGCGCUCAUCUGCUCCUAUGUGUUCAUGCCACUCUCCUUCAUGAUGGGUGUUUCCUGGGAGGACUGUUUCGUUGUUGCUGAGCUGAUUGGCAUAAAGACAUUCCUCAAUGAGUUUGUGGCCUAUCAGAAGUUGUCUGAGUUAAUCAAGAGGCGGAAGGCAGGAGGGCCUGCAUAUGUGAACAAUGUAAAGCAAUAUAUUUCUGUCCACUCUGAAACCAUCGCAACCUACGCUUUAUGUGGAUUUUCCAAUUUUGCUUCACUGGGAAUGUCGGUGGGAGCGCUGUCGGCCAUGGCUCCUGAUAGACGGUCUGACAUCUCAAGUUGUGGCUUCAGAGCUCUGGUUGCUGGCAGCGUCUCUUGUUUCAUGACAGCUUGUAUUGCAGGUAUGUUGUACAUCCCUGAUCUUCACUGCCCACGUUUCCUGAGCACAGAGUUCAGCAACACCAACAUGACCAUCAGCUCACAACUGGUCACCUGCUGCACACUGCUAUAUAACAGUGUGACAGUGUAUGAGCCAUGGAACGUGACGAUCGGGGAAGAAUUCAGUCAGAGCAGUCUGCAAGGCUGCUGCACAGUCAUACAACCUACACACUUCAACUGCAGCUUGGUACUUUGAAUCAUUGUUAACAAAAACACACAUC